UAAAGUCAGAUGGCGGAGAUAGAGAAAGUUCCUAAAAAAAUGUUCUCUCCAAAAAGUACCAUAUCUUUGGACGAAAUGUUCAGUCAAGCAGCUCUUGUAUUCCCCGAUAACCUAGCUGUGACAUAUAUUAAUGAACUUAAACAAGAAGAUCUAACUUAUCAGGAAGUAGACAAGAAAGCUCUUCAAAUCUCAUCCUACCUCAAAACGUUUUGCAAACUCCAGAACACUGUUGUUGGAAUAUAUACCAGGAUAAUGCUUGGUUUUAUAGCUUGUAUGAUUGGAGUUUUACGAAUUCCAGCAGCCUUUGCACCUAUUGGUUUGGACUGGCCUGUUAAAAUGGUAAAGCAAUUUAUUGAAACUUCUGGUGUUAAUGUUGUGGUAGUGAACGUGGAUUUGCUUGAAAAAUUUAAUCAAGUUCUCAGGCUGUUAGAGGGUUCAAAUAAAACCUUCAGACUGAUCACUGAGUGUGAGGUUCUCAAAUUGAAUGGCUUUGUAGUUGCUGUAGCAAAUGAGCCAAUUGUUUCACCUGAUUAUGAACAGUCUUUGGGUUAUGUCAUGCAAACGUCUGGAACCACAGGGAGCCCAACAGUAGUCAAAGUUCCACAUGCCUGUAUUGUUCCCAAUAUAACUAGCUUGGCUAAAAUAUUUGGAAUGACUGAUAAAGAUUCUGUAGCUGUUGUUUCACCUUAUACUUUUGAUCCAUUCAUCGUGCAAGUUUUUCUUGCUCUGUCCUCUGGGGGUCGAGCUGUGGUUGUAUCAGAUGCUUUCAAGCUGCAGACUGGAAAACUUUGCCAGAUACUGUUUGAUGAUUUGAAGAUUUCUUUAUUUCAGCCAACACCAUAUCUUAUGUACUUAAUUGGCCAGGAAAGAAUAAGAAGGAACAUCCUUGGACAACAAUCUCCRUUGAGAAUUCUAGCUUUUGGUGGCGAGUCUUGUCCUACACUUUCUGUCCUACAAAAGUGGAARCAUCACAAUUGUGAAACAAGGCUGUUCAAUCUGUAUGGUAUAACUGAAGUUUCAAGUUGGGCUUCAUGUUUUGAAAUAACAGAUAAAGAAUUGAACGAUAAGGACACAAUUGGUUCUAGAAAGAGGGUCGUAGUUGAAGAUGAAGUGAUGGAUAUUAAUGAGGACAGUGUACCACUGGGCUUCCCUUUAGAGGACACUAUCCUUGAAGUGAGGGAUGAGAAUGGAUUAAAGAUAGAUGAAGGAGUUGGCUGUAUAUUUAUUGGUGGACGAAACAGAGUCUGUUACCUUGGCAACGAAACUUCCUUCCAUCCAGGUACCAUGCGAUCAACUGCUGAUCUUGGUUACAUCGAAGAAAACAAACUAUGGUUUAUUGGACGCAAGAACAGAAGCAUUAAGAGACAAGCCAAAAACAUAAGUCUAGAUUGGUUGGAGCGAAGCCUUUCUAAGGCCUUUCCUGACUUUAUAUUUUGUGCUGUGGCAGAUACUUUGUCAGAUGCUCCACAAAAUGAAAUAUAUCUGUUUGUGAAACCAGAAACUUCGUACAACGAAAGACCGUUCCUAACGUCGUUAAAAAGGGAGCUUCGCGAAGCUUUCCCUCCUUAUGCUUGCCCUGAUUAUGUCGGCAUYGUAAGCACAAUACCUUUGACUUCGCACGGGAAAGUCGACACGAGGGCUUUGCUUAAAAAUUGUCGAGAAGAAAAAAAUUUAAGUUUAGGGGAAUCAGUUGAGGAAAUUCUGAAAAAUAUAUGGUUGAAUGGAAUUACGCUGGAAGACGAUUCUACUGUGGCUUCUUCAAAGAGAGGUGUUUACGGACCAGGAGAACAAGGGGAUCAAGCGAAUACUAAUCGUUCUACCCUAGACAUGCCGCCACAAGUGGAAAGCGAAGACAUGUUUGUUGAACAUGGUGGAUCUUCGCUUGCUGCAUUGAGAGUUGCUAACGAAAUCAAAACAUGGUUUCAUCAGGAUGUAGGAUCACGAGAUGAAGAACUAUCAGAACUUGUUGAUGUUAUUUUAAACAGCUCGUUUGGAAAACUCUGCGCGUAUAUCAAGGCAAGAGUUGCGGAUAAAAGCUGCAAUCGUGAGGGAACGAUUGGUGAAAACAUGGUGGAGAAUACCAGUGCUAGUCAAGGCGAUUUUCAUUUGGCUUCUGCAGAUGAAAAUGAAAAUUCAUCCGAGUUUUGUACACGGAUUGGAAUAACUUCAAAGCCAUCCAAGAACAAUGAUGACAGAGAGGUGAAAACGUCAGUUUCGCUUAAGAGGAGAAAGAUCGAAGAUAAUGGUAAGCAUACACAUCCAACAGAGGCUGCUACUGGCAAUUUUAGUUGUUUUUGUUCCAUUCAACGAGGCAUGCGUGCGACAACUUGCUCAUCUUGCACGGCAUCCGGAAUACACGGUGGCGUAGAGCAUUCCCAAGGGGCUCUCGAGGCUAGCUUAUCUUUAAAGUGGAAAACCAACUUCCAUAAAUGCAUAGAUGCUUCUCCUCUGGUGGUCGGUACGAACGAUAAGGACUUGGCGGUCGUGUAUUUGGGAUCCCAUGCUCAUGUGCUCAAGGCAGUUUAUCUAGCUAGUGGUAUGAUUUUGUGGGAAACAUGUCUUGGUGACAGGCUAGAGUCGUCAGCUGCAUUAUCAAAAUGUGGUCUUUAUGUCAUUGUAGGAUGUUACGAUGGCAAGGUUUACGUACUAAACCGUAGCAACGGACACGUUGUCUGGACAUAUCAAACUAGUGGGCCAGUAAAAAGCUCCCCCUGUGUGGACCCCUCCACGAGGCUGGUAUGGAUCGGAUCACAUGACCACCAUCUGUACGCGCUUGAUGUCAAUCAAAGGGAUUGUAUCGCUUCUAUUGAUUGUGGCAGUUCUUGCUUCAGCUCGCCUUGGAUACUGCAUAAUCCUCACUUGGUAUUCAUUGGUACCUUAGGGGGACGACUUUUCUGUGUGGACGCUUCAACGCAAUCAAUUAAAUGGAGCAAGCAGUGCCCUCAGCCUAUCUUUUCGUCGCCUCUAGCUACGUCUCAGGCAGUAGUUUACGCAUGCGUCAAUGGAAUAGUUUACUGCUGUGAUCUCGAUAGAAAACCCCUAUGGGAAUUCAAGACAGGAGAUCCUGUAUUUAGUUCACCGACAAUGUUUUGGUCUUCUGUAGCGAAUSAAAGCAAAGGCUACGUCUUGUUCGGUUCUCAUGAUGGGUUUGUUUAUUGCCUCUCAGAUUCUGGUGAAAUGAGAUGGAAGUUCAAAACAGAUUCUCAGGUCUACUCCACGCCGUUCGUUGCACCAGUUGUCCGAGAAUUGAAGAAACCUUCCGAGGUCACUGAUAAAAUCAUGAACUGUUCGUCACACUUGCAAAUGGACAUUCCUGACAUUAAGAUGUCAUCAGAACACGCUCGAAACACUUCUGGAUCUACGAUUGAAGGAAGGGGUGUGAUGUCCUCUCGUAAUGACCCCGUCGUAGUAGUCUGUUCUAUUCAGGGUACGAUCUACUGCCUUUCCUUGGAUGAAGGUCAUCUUGUUUCGUCUUGGUCCUUCCCUGGUCAGGUGUUCUCUUCACCAAUCUUAGUUGGUAACGAUAUUUUGGUUGGUUGUAGAGAUGAUUUUUUGUAUUGUUUGACAAUAAACUGAGUAACAACACUCAAAUAAUAACUCCCGGACCAUCUAAUAAUCCACUGAUGUYACAGUUGUGUGGGCAGCCAUUAAUUAUUACAUUGAGGUCAGUGCACGUGGYCAGGAGCGUAAACCAAUCCUAUUUUGCAGUUAGACUUUCAGAAGGCAGUCACAGCAGAUGAGAGACCUCUAGGAUUAGGUUUACCGCUAGGGAUUAGGCCCAGAAACACGGAGAAUGAACACUCAGCAACAAUGAAAUUCUAUAUGGCGACCCUUCCAGCAACAACUUCGUUAUGACGACUUGCUGAAGGUCGAAAGCUUGACGGGAAACGCCUGACGUCGAACUGCAGUUUGAGGUUUGCGGUACCCGCUUCCAAGAACUUCUAAUUACUGAGAUUUCACCUGGGCUGGAUAUUCUUUUCCAUUGCUGUUUUCCUGCGAACCUGGCAAGCCCAACGUGAACCUUUAUUUCAUGAAGAUUUGAAGCUGUCGUCAAACCGAUAUCAUUCAACUUAUUAUUAUUUCAUUAUUGUUAUCAUUCAUAUGAUAAUUCAUGAAAAUUUCAAGCAGACUUUCAUCACACUGAUAACAUUAAAAAUGAAUACCAUUGUAAGUUCAACCCACACUUGCAAACCGUUUUAUUACAUUAAUACUCGUGGCUUUAUUCAAAUCAAUUGUGAUAAAACUUAUUGAAGCAACUUAUAUUUUAAACAUAAAGURAUAAAUAAUACAAUUUUCUAUCUUUAGUCCUAUCCGCAGUUGGAGCACGAGGGUGGCUUUCCCCAGACCGUAGACUGAAUCACUUAACUAAACUAGUUAGUAAACUAAUAGAGGGUUAAUAAAUCUUAUUUCAAGGGCGGAUCCAGGAUUCCUAGAAGGGGGAAACUAUUACAAAGUUUUACCAGGAAUGYGAGGAAUAUACUGAAAUUUUUUUGAAAAAGGGCGGUGACUUGUCAUCUAUUUUACCACCCCUGGAUUUUCCUCUGUACUUUCAUUGUUUUAUUCUAGAWACUGUUUCACUGUCUAGGGAAAAUCCCUCUUAUAAAGGAAGGCGUGUAGUAGGAUCGUGAUUCACCUCUUUUUACCGGCCACUUGACAAUUCCCUGAAGGUGGCCACUAAUAGCGGUUUUACUAUUAAUAUUUGUUCAUAAUUAAGUUUCCUGCUCGAUCAUUUCGAGUUUUGUUAACAUAGUCCAACAUUUUCUUGGAAUAAGUUUGUCAUCUGUACUUUUCCUUUGAGUCAUUGYCAUUCUGAAGAAAUCCAAAUUUGGCAAGGUUUCUUUCUCAUCUUCAUCUAAUGGGGCCGUCAGUAAAGAGAGAUGGUUCUGUUUAUACACAAUAGGUUAAAUACACCAACAAGUCACGUGGUCUACCUCUGUUGGAUGUCAUGCAUGGACAUCUUUUGGGUUCAUAUCUCAUAUACAAUUCUACUUAAUUU